GACCCAACGGAUCCUAAAACGAAUCCGCUGAAUCCGCAAGGCUUGAAACCGUGCUGCGCUUGCCCACAGACAAAGUCAGCUCGUGAUGACUGCUUCCUCCAUGCUGGCGUAGAAGCCGACGAAAAGUGCAAGGAGCUCGUUGCAAGUCAUAUAGCGUGUAUGCGGGGACUGGGAUUCAAAGUCUGA